AUGUUUGUAGGAGAGAUUAAGGCCUUUGCAUGGCGUGUCUUUCGAGGCAUUCGCUUUUCUUGGAUACAUUCGGCAGGACCAUCGGGCCUGACGAUUGGUCGAGACCAGAAGUUCGACGAGAAUACGGCUGGUGGCAUCAAGCUUGGCCGGGUCGGGCGAGGUGGGCCGGACCACAUUUGGGCUGAUCACAGUCUCCUCCUCGAGCCAGAAGCUUUUUCCUUCAACCACGUCCCUUCGAAUGCCCCGACUUCCACAUGUCAAUGCAGCCCGGUCGGGGUGGCAGGGAGAUCUGUAGAAGCUAUUCACUCCUGCCUACUCUGCUCCGCUAGUCAUGAUCGUCUUCAGCCUGAGGUCGUUAACUCUGAACAUUAUUGA